CCCGCCCGUGCAGAGGACCGGGGCGCCGGGUGGGCCGCGGGCCCGGGAGGCGGCGGGGCGCCCUAAGGAAGGGCCGGAUCGCGCCGAUAACACGGGCGCCCCGGGCUGCAGGCUCAGGCUUCGGGCCGAUUCGGGGACCCCGGGCCGCGGGGACACCGGCGGGGCUUUCGGGUGUCCCAGCCCCUCCCCUUUCGUCCCGCGUCGUGGGAGGAGAGCGAGUCCUUUGAGCAGAGUUUAUUAAAGUGGGGUCCGUGGGCGGAUCCCCGACCCCAUCUGACUUUCUGAACCAGACUGUGUUGUGGCCUGGGAAUCUGAAUAUACAUCAAGCGUCUCUGAUGGUUUUGAUGCAGGUGGUCACAGAACCGCACUUUGGGGGCACUUCCUCAGAGGGCAGGGCAUUUCCGACACAGCAGGGAGUCUUAAGUGGGUGCAUUGAGGAUGGGCCAUCGACUGGCCUUGAAAUGGUGUUGGAUGGUCCUCUGCCUUAGGAGAAACUGACUGAGGCAGGGGUAUCUCUUAAAUCCUUGCACUAGGGUGCUGCUAUGUUCCUGUUGCCACCACUGGAGUCUUCAGAUGGACAGAUGCUUAAGGUGGACCAGGACCACCAUUAUUUUGCAGUUUCUGAAAGCGUUUCAAAGCAAAAAUUUAGGUGUUGAUGGGAGCAAUGGAAGGUCACAAGGCAGAAGAAAAGGUGGUAGAUAUUCUUCGACUGAAUGUGGGUGGCUGUAUUUACACAGCCAGACGUGAGUCCUUGUGCCGCUUUAAAGACUCGAUGCUGGCAUCCAUGUUCAGUGGUCGUUUUCCUCUAAAAACAGACGAAUCAGGGGCUUGUGUUAUUGACCGUGAUGGACAUCUAUUUAAAUAUCUCUUGGAUUAUCUUCAUGGAGAAGUUCACAUUCCCACAGAUGAGCAAACCCGUGUUGCUCUGCAGGAAGAGGCUGAUUAUUUUGGCAUCCCGUAUCCAUACAGCCUGUCUGACCACUUGGCCAAUGAAAUGGAGACAUAUUCUUUAAGGUCAAAUAUAGAACUUAAAAAGGCUUUAACAGACUUCUGUGAUUCAUAUGGUUUAGUUUGCAAUAAGCCAACAGUUUGGGUUCUCCACUAUCUUAACACAUCUGGUGCAAGCUGUGAGAGUAGAAUUAUUGGUGUAUAUUCCACAAAAACUGAUGGAACAGAUGCUAUUGAUAAGCAGCUGGGAGGAAGAAUUCACAGUAAAAGCAUUUUUAAAAGAGAGGCGGGGAAUAAUGUUCAGUACAUUUGGAGCUAUUAUUCAGUAGCUGAAUUGAAGAAAAUGAUGGAUGCCUUUGAUGCCUGGGAAGGAAAAGGUGUUAGCUACUGGCGGGUGCCUCAUGAGCUGAUAGAAUGUUGGACUCUGGAAGAGCGGCCUUUACUUGGAAGCCUGCGUCACAUGGCCCCAAUUCGAAAGAGGCGACUGAUAGCUUUCAAUGAAGAAGAAGAAGAAGAAGUGAACUGUAAGACUGGUCCUAAACCAGUCCGAUUUCUGGGCCCUUCCACCAGCACCCAAAUUAAAGUCAAGAACUCGGCGUCGGUCCGAGUGUCUCCGGCCAGCGCCCUCCACUCCUCAGGCGGAAAGGCAGCGCAGCGUUCUGCGUCGCCAAAGGCCCCGUCGUCGGUGGGCACCGUGCUGCCAGGCCAGCCCCAGGCUUCCCGUGGGGCCAGGAGCACUGCUGAAAACGGAGCCGCACACCCACCUCCGGCCAAGGUCCUGCUCUCAGACAAGAAAGCCACCCCGCCGCGAGUGAUAAAACUGAAGCGAACUCCACUGUGCGCCGCCGGGCCUUCCCCGCCAGCCGGGGGAGCAUCGCGACCCGCGGAAUCCCCAGCGCCGCCCCCGGAAGACCCUGACGCGCACGCGCGGACUGAAAACGGGCGGGGCCAGGCUGAUUGACAGAAAAGUGGGUUCUUGACCUCCAGCUCGCCUCUCGGAGCGCCCGACCCGUGUGGUGCAAAUAAGUGGCGCUGUUCUUGGUGCAGUAGAGGUGAAAGCUUAUGCUGGUCUUUAGGAUCGUUAUGGGAAAAAUGAAGUGAGUCAAGUAGGAAUGGAGGAAGGAAGCUUUAAGUGGUUGAGCCUAUCUUUACUUUUCAUUUUCCUUACUUUGACAUGGUUUGUCUACUGAUAGUUUGAAUUUCAGGGUGGUUUUGUUGGGUUUUUGGGUUUUUUUUUUUUUUUUUGAUGGUUAAUCCGUAUUAAGGCAACAAAACAGCACAGUACAAUAAAACAGUACAGCAGAACCAUCACUAGAGAAGUCUACUUUGUUGCUGAGUAAUUACAGACUUUAGGCUCUUUUGUAAUGUUACUCAUUGCUGCCCAGGGCCAAGAGUGGGAUUAGUAUUCCCGUCUGCUGAAACAGAAUAAGAGAGGGUGGCGUUAAUGCUUCCAUGCGCUGUGUCCCAGCCAAGAGAGAUUUGAGAGAAAAUGUGCACCAAGGUGACCCCCCCCCCCCCCCCGGUUACUUUCAGUCUCAAAAGCCGUCAUGAAAAGAUAUGAGGAGGAAAAAAAAGAGUAAUUGAAGAUCACACUUUGACUCAAAGUAUUUUCUUUCCUAGAUUGUUUUUUUUCUUUGUCUUUUCUGGUAGCAGAUUUAUUUAUACAUCACAAGAUAUCUUGGAAUGAGAACCAUAUAACAUGUCUUCAGAAUGAAUUGUUAAAAUGUUUUAAUUUGAAUAAGUGAAGUUUUGAAAGUACUUUGAAAAAGAAGUUAAACAUUAACUUUCAACUAAAGUUACUAUUUGUUUCUCAGGAAUGACCACUGAAGAGUCAUUCUGACCAUAUAAUAUGAUUUUUAUGCAUAAAAUUCCCAUUUAACUUGAACUUAAUAUUUUUAAACAAUCUUUUAAUUAAUCCUCUAUUUUUUCACAACUAUUCAGUUGUAUGUGUUUACUUUUACAUGUUAAGUUUUAUAAUUGGAUCCCAUAUUUCUGCCUUCAGUAAGCAGUAUGCCUACAGUGUAUUAAAAAUAAGUCCAUAAAGCAGGGUACUUUUUACUCAAUGCUUAUCAUUGUACUUGCAUUACUUUGAAAGAGUGAAUAUACUCAAAACAUUACUUUUUACAAAAUAAAGUAAAACUUUUCCAUAAAAAGUAACAUUUUCUGUGACUAUACUUUUUUUUAAGUCCUAGAGCCCAUUGGUAGCAUGAGAGCUUGUUUGUUUAUGUAGGUUAUCUAUUUCUGGUUUCCAAAUUUCUUUAUUCCCUAGAUAAUGUAUGAAAUAAUUAAACAAAUUUUGUAUACCUAUUCAAAUACCAGCAGCCUUUUAAAAUAGGUGUUUUAUCUGGCUAGAAAAAAAAUGAAUAUAUAACUGAUGGUUCAUGAACUACAUUUCCCUGUAGAAUAUAAAAAAUACUUAGUCACCUUGAAAAAUACUAUUAUAAAGACUCUAAGCAUUCUGAAAAUCAAAGAUCAUAGUGAAUUUUGAGAACUUCCAUUUAGGACAUUACUAGUAUUGCUUGAUCUCGGAUAUCUUGAAUUACCGAUUCAUAUAAGAAUAUUUUAUACCAAGGUACCAGUAGAUUUGCUUGAUGGAGGGUUGACACAAACCUUCAAUCUGUAAAAAAAAAAUGCAGUAUCUAUGAAGCACAAUAAAGCAAAGUGCAAUUAAAAGAGG